UCCGAACAGCGCGAGGUGCGCCGUGCCCGGAGGCAGCGCCGCGCGGAGCAGCCGGUACCGCGCCCAGGGCGGAGCAGGAGCGGGGCGAGGCACAGCGCGGCUCGGCUCGACGCGGCCGUGGAGUCGGGGCUCGCCGAGCGGCGGGCCGCCAUGAGCUUCCUCAGCCUGCAGCCGACGGCGCCGCCGCGGCGGGUCUCGGCCCGACGGGCGGCCGCCCCGAUCCGGCAGAAGCUGCUGUUCCACAGCGGGCACAGCGACUGCGAGGAGGAGGACGAAGACGAGGAGGAGGAGGAGGGCGGCAGCAGCGGCAACAGCACGGGCGAGGACUCGGCCUUCCAGGAGGCGGACUCGCCGCUCUCGGUGGCCCGCACCCCGGCGCGGGGCGGCCCGCCCCUGCUGGAGGAGGAGGAGGAGGAGAUGAUGGAGCCCGCGGCCGCGCCGCUGCCGGACGAGGGGGACUCGUGGGAGGAGGAAGGCUUCGGCUCCUCGCCCGUCAAGUCGCCCGGCGCCUACUUCAUGGCCGGCUCGCCCUCGCCGCCGCCGCCCCACAAGGGCCGCCGCUCCGGCGCGCGCUCCCCCCCGCAUCCGGCGGCGGGCGGCUGCCGCCUGCGUGGCGACGAGCCCGGUUCGCCGCUGCCCGACUACCCCGGCACGCCGCCGCACAAGACGUUCCGCAAGCUGCGCCUCUUCGACACGCCGCACACGCCGAAGAGUUUGCUUUCUAAAGCCCAAGGACUGGGCUCCAGCUCAGUCAAACUUCGAGGAGGCUCUCUAUUUAUGAACGUUGGGAGGUCAGAAAAGCAAGACUCAGAUAUUAGACAAACACCUCACGUGAAUAUUAAUCCCUUCACUCCCGAUUCCAUGUUCCUUCACAACUCCGAAGGGCAGUGUCGAAGGAGGAAGAGAACGCACUGGAAUGACUCUUGUGGAGAGGACAUGGAAGCAAGUGAUGGAGAGCCUGAGGACGAAGCUAUCAGACCUGCUAAGAGGAUCACAAUAACAGAAAGUAAUAUGAAGUCACGAUAUGCAACCGAAUUUCAUGAGCUGGAGAAGAUCGGAUCCGGUGAAUUUGGUUCUGUGUUUAAGUGUGUGAAGAGGCUUGAUGGAUGUAUUUAUGCUAUAAAAAGAUCCAAGAAGCCCUUAGCUGGCUCAGUGGAUGAGCAAAAUGCUUUAAGAGAGGUUUAUGCACACGCAGUUCUGGGGCAACAUUCUCACGUAGUAAGAUACUACUCUGCGUGGGCAGAAGAUGAUCAUAUGCUUAUACAGAAUGAAUACUGCAAUGGUGGCAGUUUAGCUGAUGCCAUAAGUGAGAAUUACAGGAACAUGCGUUAUUUUACUGAGCCAGAGCUGAAGGACCUACUGCUUCAGGUGGCUCGAGGCUUAAAGUACAUACAUUCAAUGUCACUGGUGCACAUGGAUAUCAAACCUAGUAACAUUUUCAUAUCCAGGACAUCGGUGCCAAAUACAACUUCAGAAGAAGGUGAUGAUGAUGAGUGGUCAUCUGAUAGAGUCAUAUUUAAAAUAGGUGACCUUGGUCAUGUAACUCGAGUAUCAAGUCCACAAGUGGAAGAAGGUGACAGCCGUUUCCUUGCGAACGAAGUCCUACAGGAGAACUACACUCAUUUGCCAAAAGCAGAUAUUUUUGCUCUUGCUCUAACCGUUGUCUGUGCUGCUGGGGCUGAACCUCUUCCAACUAACGGCGACCAAUGGCAUGAAAUCCGACAAGGAAAACUACCAAGAAUACCGCAAGUGCUUUCUCAAGAACUGCUGGAUUUACUAAAAGUUAUGAUCAACCCUGAUCCAGAGAAAAGACCUUCAGCUGUGGCGCUUGUCAAGCAUUCAGUGCUGCUGUCUGCCGCAAAGAAGAGCGCAGAGCAGCUGCGGAUAGAACUGAAUGCUGAAAAAUUCAAAAAUUCACUCUUGCAGAAAGAGCUGAAGAAGGCACAGAUGGCAAAGGCUGCAGCUGAAGAGAGAGCUCUGUUCACUGACAGAAUGACAACUAGAUCCACGACACAGAGUAGACCAUCUCGACUCAUUGGCAAGAAAAUGAACCGCUCAGUUAGUCUUACUAUAUACUGAAUUCUGAGGUCCAAAAGAACUACUGAGAAUGGCAAUAGCAUCUCUGCUGGACUGAAGCCUGAGGAUUUGAAGGGAACAUUCAAUUCCUGGUUUCUUGUCCUCUCUGGACAGUGUUGCUAGUUUUACAGGAAUUGCUUCUGGGUUUUUAAUUUCUACGAUAUGGCUGAGGAGCUGUAUUGGCCUUUGAGAUAAUGGACUCGGUUACUAUCUGUAGAGGAUCCUGGAUGUUAAUCCAUAAAUGUUUCAGUUACACUGUUAGAUGUCACAUUGUCCCAGGGUUAACCACUAUAGUGGUGUGCUGCUUUUUAGUGUUACAGCAUCGUAAUAAGUACUAUCCAUAAUGAUCUUUAAGAAGGAGGGAAGGGGACUUGCUGUGUUACUUGUUUUGGGAGCAGAGGGGAAUAGAUUUUGACAGACGGGCUUUAAGGCCACCUAUGCUCGGUGUACCUGAUGUCAGGUAGACUUCUAUUGUGAAUUUUAUUUGUAUAUUCAACUGGGAGCACUUUGUAGGCAUUGCAUAAACCACAGCUUAGAAACCUGUGGAAUUAAGUGCCAUGUGGAACUGCUGCUAUUUUAGUGUUUUGUCCUCGCUGUAAACUGUAGCAUUAAAACAAUCAUUCUUGUGUUAAUAGGCUUCUUGUUAAAACAAUUACACGAAUCAAAUCUAAGCUGCGUUUUAGUGAAGGCAGCAUUUUUCUCUUGAAGCUAGUGCAUUGUGAAAUAAUGCACCAAUUUAAUACUUGGACUCUGUAUUAGUGUAGUGCAAUUGUUAAUGUCUUGGCUAUUGAUGUUCUGUAAUCCUUUCUAAUAAGGUUCUCUAAAUGUUGGUAUUUUCUUCAGUUUUUCAUUCUUGAGGCUCUUGUAUAUUUUUUAAUGUUGAAAUACCUGUAAAUAAUUGUUUAGUGUAAGUGUUCAGGUUGUUCUUCAUUGUUUAUGUACAUAAGUUUAACUGUGCAUAUAGCAUACUCUAGUAAAAAUGCAGUCUGGGAUGCCAACAGAAAAGUUUUAACUAUUCAGUUUUAAGUUCCCAAACAAACAGAAUGUGGCCAUUGAAACUUGUACUGAUGUUGGCUUUAGGUUAACAGAUGUUACUAAAAAAUAGAACUGUUCUAGUAACUGGCUUGUUUCUUCAUUAAUUUUAGUGUACACAGUGUUUCUCCCAUUUGUGCUCUGUUUGUUUUUACUAGUGUUGAAUUUGAAUAUUAAAGUUACAAGUUGUGUUUA